AUGUCUCUCAAGUCACAACGGGAAUACCAGUUACUGUGGACUCGAGCUUCCCAUGGCUUCCAGAAGAAGGACUCGAUCGGGCUUGACCUGCAGCACAAUGACACCCUAGUUAUCUGCAUCCGAAUUGAACAAGCUGAGAUCGAGCGAGUUCAUGUAGAUGAAGGCAGCGCAGCCAAUAUCCUACAACUAUCUGUUGUCCAACAUAUGAGAUUGGAGCCCAAGAUUAGCAAACUUGCCAGAUCAUUCAUCGCCUUCAAUGGGGCCACAUCAAUCACCGUUGGUACGAUCGACCUUGACGUCCACUCACCCCUAGUGGUCUGCUCGCAAACUUUCAUGGUCAUCGACAAGGUCUCCCCCUACAACGAAAUCUUGGGCCGGCCGUGGAUCAGUAAGAUCGAGGCCAUCACAUCUACACUUCACCAAAAGAUCUGCUACCCCAUCCCUGGGGGCGGGAUCGGGCAGAUCAACAGUGACUAA